UCCAGUCUCGCUUUGUAUUUGAUACCUACAUAAAGCAGUUUUUUUAAAAGUGGUGGUGUUUUUUCAAAAAAGUGCCCUUUUUCGGAUUUAGUGUUCAGUGCUAGUCCUAAAAAUGUCGCCAUCAAAUAACACGGUCAAGUCCCGCUACUCGACAACAGAUGGCGACACUAGUGAAGUACCGGAUCGGUUGGCAGACACCUUCAGCGGGAAAAUAGUCCUUAUCACAGGCGGCACAGGGUUCCUCGGAAAAGUUUUAAUCGAGAAACUCUUAAGAAAAUGCGAUAACAUAGAGAAGAUAAUUUUAGUAGUUCGAACAAAGAAAGAUGUGGAGCCAUUAUUGCGGGUUGAGGAAAUGCUUAACGGUCCACUAUUCACAAAGCUACUCACCGCUAGAGGGCGCUCGUACGUGUUGUCCAAGAUCUCCGUCGUCGCCGGAGACACGUCCAAGAGUCUCGUCGGUCUCAGCGAGACAGACAGACAGACGUGCCGCACCGCCAACAUCAUAGUGCACUCUGCUGCGUCUGUACGAUUUGACGAAGGUCUGAAAAAGGCUGUGUUGCUCAAUACAAGAGGUACAAAAUACAUGCUCGAGCUGGCGAAGGAAUGUCCCAAUUUAGAGCUCUUCAUCCACAUGUCGACGGCGUACUGCCACCCCGAGGAGCCGGUGCUGGAUGAGAGGCCCUACCCUCCCCCGGUGGACCCUCACGAGAUCAUCCAUGUGCUGGAGACUACGGAUGAUGGGACUAUUGACAUAUUGACUGCCAAGUUACUAGGCGUAUACCCAAACACAUACGCUUACAGUAAGGCUUUAGCGGAGUCGCUAGUCUCAGAUGCCAUGGAAACUAUGCCGGUGCUGCUACUGCGGCCAUCUGUCGUGGUUCCGAUCUACAAAGAGCCUCUACCAGGUUGGACUGAUAACAUUAACGGGCCCAUAGGACUGAUGAUAGGUGCAGGCAAGGGCGUGAUCCGCACCAUGUACGGGGACGACACGGGACACGCAGACUUCAUCCCGGCGGACUGCGUGGUCAAUGCACUCAUGCUGGCCACUUGGGACUACUUGAGGAACGGAUGCCGUCACAAGGUCCUUAACCUGACGACGUCGGCCGAGCUGACGUACUCAUGGAAGGAACUUCUGGACAUCGGCCGCGAGGUCAUGGAGACCAGGGUGCCGCUCGACUGGGUCGCCUGGUAUCCUGGCGGCUCCAUGACGCGUCACCGCUGGCUGCACCGCUCCAGGACACUUCUGUUCCAUUGGCUCCCAGCCAUCAUUGUUGACAGCAUACUCUUCUGUUUGGGAGUGAAGCCUGUACUAAUCCACGUCCAAAAACACAUCCAGAAGGGUAUGGAGGUGUUCGAGUACUACACCAACAACCAAUGGGACUUCCGCUCCGACGCCGUGCAGCGCCUGCGCACCAAGAUGACGCCGCGGGAGAGGGAGGCCUACAAGAUGGACGCCGACGACCUGGAUGUCCACAAAUACUUCGAAGCUGCCAUAAUAUGCGCCCGCCGAUACAUCCUCAAGGAGAAAGAUGAAAACCUGGCACGAGCUAAACGACAUCUCAUCAUAAUGAAAUACUUGGAUCUGAUCGUGAAGAUAAUAUUCUACGGCUUUCUUCUCUACUGGCUAAGUCUAACACUAGGGCCUAAAUUAGUUACUUGGUUGAGCUAAGAUACUAUAAUUUAGGGCCUAAGUAUAUGUUAAUUAGUCUCUACGAACUAUUGGGCUUGUGUUGUAUUUAAGAGUGAUUUUUGUACAAUAAAUUUUGUUUUUUCGAA